AUGGUGACCUUCACGGAGACAUCACAGGUUUCCCCUAUGGGGCUGUGCGAGCCGCCCUGCCUGACGGCCUCCCUGUCACCCGGGCUGCGGCGGAAGAAGUUGCUGUGGCAGAAUGCUGUGAAACACAUCAUCAUCCAGCAGGAGCUCAGCGCUCAGGUUGGUGUGGAACCAGCACAAAAAAUAAGUGUGACAGAUGCCUACAUGGAGGAGAUCAACAGACAAAUCCGCAACAAGGGCUCUCGUGGGGUCACGAAACGUCGCUCCUCCACAUUCAGAGUCCACCCCUCCCAGCCCCGGGGCUCGACCUGUCCACGCAGCAGCCUCGGCGGUUGUGACUAUGGCAGCGAUGCCGACUUCUUUGUGCACUGGGGCCGCACUAUUCACGGGGUCUACAUACCCUCCCUGAGGCACACCUUCAAGUCCCGUGACCUGGAGAAACUCUACCAGCAGCACUCUUCUCACCAGAGACGCAACUCUCUAGCUAUCACCAACGUAAUCGACGCUGUGGCCAAGCUGCACGUGUUGGUUCUGUACCUGGCGUUGGCCCCUGAGGAUUUAAUAGACUCUGUGCGUGGCUGCCUGACAGGCCUUUUCAUGAUGUUCGCUAUCGCACUGUGCAUUGUGGUGUUGACCUGCAAAGACUCCUUGUCCCCGCGGUGGCUCCACUAUGCUGGCCUGGCUAGCUGGCUAUCGCAGACCACACAGGUGCUGGGAGGACUGGUAUACGGACUAGAAAAAGACUCUUCGUGGUACGUCUUGUUCACGCUGUUCGCCACAUACACGCUGCUGCCCUUACCUCUGCUGUGGGCCAUGUGCGCCGGCUCCCUUACCUCAGUGCUGUACCUUCUGGUGGAGAUAGUGCACUACUACAAUGAUGCAAUGCUCUUGAGAAAGGUGUUUGCCAAAGGCCUGCUGUACCUGGGCAUGAAUACAGCCGGCCUGUUUAUCCACUACUUGACAGAUCACGCCCAGAGGCAGGUUUUCCUGGAGACACGGCGCUGCAUUCAGGGUCGCCUCAAACUAGAGCAAGAGAACCAAAGACAGGAGCGUCUGGUGCUGUCAAUCCUGCCUCGCUUUGUUGCCUUGGAGAUGAUCGCUGACAUGAGCUCUUUGGAAGAUGAACUCAAUCCUCAGGAGUUUCACAAGAUCUAUAUACACCAGUACAAAGACGUCAGCAUCCUAUUUGCAGACAUCAAGGGCUUCACUCUAUUGUCCAUGAACCUGUCGGCUCAGGAUCUGGUGCGAACCCUCAACGAGCUCUUUGGACGCUUUGACCGUCUGGCAGAGGAUCACCACUGCCUGCGAAUCAAGAUACUGGGAGACUGUUACUACUGUGUGUCAGGUGUCCCUGAGCCACAGCCGGCCCAUGCCCGGUACUGUGUGGAGAUGGGCCUGGCUAUGAUCAGCACUAUACGGGAUGUGCGGAAGCAGUUAAAGUUUGACAUGGACAUGAGGAUUGGGAUCCACACAGGCUCUGUUCUAUGUGGAGUUCUGGGGCUACAGAAAUGGCAGUUUGACGUCUGGUCCUGGGACGUGAGCAUCGCCAACAUGCUGGAGGCCGGGGGAAUACCAGGACGCAUCCACAUCUCCAGGGCGACUCUGGACAGUCUACAGGGCACCUACAAGACAGAGGAUGGCCAUGGCCGCGACAGGAACGAGUUUCUAAGGCGGCACAACAUCGACACUUUCCUGAUCUGCCCUCAGGAGGGAAAGGACAAGGUUGACCACGCCGAGCCGCCCAGAGUCCUUAAAACGAACCGAACGUGGAACCCGGAGAUGCCUUUCGGGAACGCCAUUGACAUGAACAGUAUCCUGGCUUCCUUUACAAACGGCUCGCUGCCCAACAUAUGGCUGUCGACCUCCAAAGAGAUCAACAAACGCAUCCAACAUGCUAUCGAGGUUCGCAGCAGUGAGCGUAUGCACAAGGAGCACAUCACCCCGCUCACCCUGGUGUUCAAGGACACGCACAUCGAGGACAUGUUCUUCCAGAUGAGAGACGAAAUGUUCAACUCCAACUUGGUCUGCUCCUUCAUCAUGCUCCUGUUUCUCAUGGCUGCCCAGGCCCUCAUCCCGGCUCCCAGGAUGUUCCCGGCCGUCCUCCAGUUUUCCGUCUUCUUGCUGAUCUACAUGCUGCUGCUGCUGUUGGCCCUGGCUGAAGAGUUCAAGUGGGCUCCUGCUGCGCUGCAACACCUCUGCUGCUGGAUCCAUGAGAACAACAGCGCCCGCAACCUGCUCACCCUCACCGCCAUCCUCAUCAACUUUGGCUUGGCCUCCACUGACAUGGUUUGGUGUCUUCUCGCGAGCACAGGAGAGGCCGACAAGAUGGACAGAACUAACACAGCCUCGCGUCCCCUCACUGUCUGCACUUACCCUGAGGUGUUUGUGUUGAGUGUUGUGAUCGCCAUGGUCACUUGUGCCGUGUUUCUGCGUCUGAACUCCCUGCUGAAGCUGGCGGUCUUGCUGCUGGCGGUGGCCGUGUACUCCUACCUCAUCCACGUGGCCUUCCUCUCGCUCGCACGCCACGAUGUGCAGCAAGGGUCUCAUUAUGUCCGGAGGAAAGGAAUCUCCAUUAUCUUCAUGAUGAUGUUUAUUGUUGCCGUCUUCUACAAUGGACGACAGUGGGAAGCCACUGCCAGACUGGACUUCCUGUGGCGUCUGCAGGCCCAACAGGAAGUGGAGGACAUGAGAGAGCUGCGGGAACACAACGAGUGUUUGUUAAACAACAUCCUGCCGAUGCACGUCGCCCGACAUUUCCUGGACCGGAGCAAGAAUGACGAGGAGCUUUACUCCCAGUCCUACAAUGAAGUGGGUGUUAUGUUUGCCUCCAUCGCUGGGUUCAAUGAGUAUUUUGAGCAGAAGGAAAUCAGACACGAAGGAGUGGACUGCCUACGACUGCUCGAUGAGAUCAUCGCUGGCUUUGAUGAGUUGCUGGAGGAGUCGUACUUCCACUAUGUGGAGAAGAUUAAGACCAUCGGGAGCUGCUACAUGGCGGCUUCUGGCUUAGCUCCAGACGGCCAGGUGGGAGAUCCUCUCGCGUCCAUAGAUGAAUGGAAUCACCUGAGCGAGCUGGUUUUGUUUGCGUUGGCAAUGCAGGAGACCUUGAAAGAGAUUAACAGGCAGUGUGCCAAAAACUUUCAACUGCGUGUGGGCAUUGCCCAUGGGCCGGUGGUGGCGGGUGUGAUCGGUGCCACCAAGCCGCAGUAUGACAUCUGGGGGUCGACAGUGAACCUGGCCAGUCGCAUGGACAGCACAGGGGUGAGCGGCCGCAUACAGGUACCUGAGGCCACGAGGAGGAUCCUGGCUGAAUGGGGCUUUGUGCUGGAGUUCCGUGGGGAAAUCUUUGUCAAAGGGGUGAGUGAGAGCCAGGGCAAAGUCCGCACCUAUUUCAUCAGCACCAUGCGCAGUAAGAUGGCCAACGUGGUGACAGAUGGCCACACAGGGGCCCGCACGGCAGGACGCAUGACGCUGGCAGGAGUGGUGUUUGGUAUGGUGCAGGCCAGAAACAGGGAGAAGAUCAGAGAGGUCAACGGGGGUUUCAGUCUGGCGCCGUGCACCCUGUAGUGCUGAGGGGUCAGAUGACAGCAGGUAGAGGAGGACCCCCACCUGCCAUAUUGUUUCCACUGGUUUAACCUCAUGUCACACCUUUGCCAUAUCCGAAAUUAGCUGCACACUGGUCAUAAGUUCCAGUUCCCCCCCUUCCAUAACUGGGUCCUUCUCCGCUUCUCUGUCAUCUAGGAAAUGUAAAUAAUAAAGGUUUUGGACAGUUUUGUGUUCAAGCCACUUACAUGGGAACUCCGUCAUCGCCAGAACUCUGCAGCAGUGAUUUCAGUUUGAAGUGAACAAAGGCCAACAUUUGCUUUUGCUUUUUCUCAGACCUCAAAGCCAAAUCACAGACUACCUCAAAUCAGCCAGCUCAACCUUUCAUAGACUACCAAUGGCCUGUACUGACUCGUGUUGUCAUUGUAUUAUCAUGCAUGAUUUUUACAGUGCAGUACAUUUCAUAUUGUGAGUUCACGCAUUAUUUUAUUUUCAUAUAUUGAUCCAUUAGCUAUUCAAAUUUAUCCUGUGAAGCCAGUUCCAGCUGACUUAGGGCCAGGGGUUGUUGGUUGUAGAUUAAACGCUGGAUAUCAUCAUAUUUUAAAUACAUAGAGGCAAUCAACCUAACCUGUAAGUAGGCCGGAGUACCUGGAGAAACAAAUCCCCACACAUGGGGUUCGAACCCAGACACCCAGAAAUACGGCAAAGAGGUUGAUGCCAUUUAGCUCCAAGGUCACAUUUUCUUGAUAUAAUAAUACUUCUUAUCGAACUCCUGAUGUGUAUAUUAAAGCCAUCGUGUUAAAACCAAGUAAAGAUUGACUUCCUCUAUGGGAUUGACUCAGUAACUGAUAAUAUCAGAAUUUAUCUUAAGUAGGAAAACCCAAAAGGUUUGUGGUUGUAAAUCCAUUAACCAUUUACAAUGUAAAUUACCAAAAGUGUUAAUCAGUGUUUGUAAUAUACCUUUGAUUUUAUUGUUUAUAAAAAAAGAAAUACUGGGCUGGGAAUUUAAAAUAGUCACAUUUUCUUUUUCAUUUGUUCUGAGGUAUGUUGUGUUUAUUUUUCUAAAUGAUUUUUAUAAAGACAUUUUAAUAGCGUACAAUUUCUGUGAAUAAAACCAGUGACAACA